GUACAUUGCAUACACCUAGAAAACGCGUAAUGUUUUACAGAAGAUUUCCAUCUUAGCCACCUCGAAGAUAUUUUAUGAAUCAUUAUAUUGGAAAUUGUGCAUAUACAUUUAGUAUAGAAAUAAGUAUAAAGGAAUUAUUAAUAAGAUUUAUUUAAUUAAUUUUACAUAUCGUUUAUUCAUUGUCUUAAUCAUCAUUUAAGUUGAAAAUUUUGUUUGCAACACAUCCGAGACGUAUUUUCUGAUAAGUCCUUGUCACAUUUUUUGAUGGGAAUACAAUGUCCUGGGAAGUACCAUGACCAAUGUUUUCUUUCUACUAAAAGUUUCGCUAAUGCAUUUCACAAGUUAACUUGUUACAAGUUAAUACUUGUUACAUUGUAAGAAUGGAUAGCCUUUUUACGCAAAAUAUAUGCGAUGAUUUAGAAGAUAUACCCCAAAUAGAUCAACCUGUUUGGAUUCUUGGAAAGAAAUAUCAUGCUUUAACAGAUGGAUUAACAUUGUAUUUCAGAAUUAGAAGCAAUACGUAAAGAUAUCUUAUCCAAGUUAUGGUUUAGUUACCGUAGAGGUUUCAUUCCCAUCGGUGGUUAUAAUUCUACAUUUACAACUGACAAAGGAUGGGGCUGUAUGUUAAGAUGCGGGCAAAUGGUUCUUGGUCAAGCUUUAGUCUUUUUACAUUUAGGCAGAGAUUGGCGUUGGACACCAGAAACAAAAAAUAUGACGUACCUGGAAAUAUUGAAACGCUUUGAAGAUAAAAGAGCUGCUCCUUUCUCCAUUCAUCAAAUAGCGUUAAUGGGAGCGUCAGAAGGAAAAGAAGUCGGACAAUGGUUUGGUCCAAAUACCAUUGCACAAGUAUUAAAAAAAUUGGUUGUGUACGAUGAAUGGAGCUCUAUUACGAUACAUGUAGCUUUGGAUAAUGCUUUAAUAGUUAAUGAUAUCAUAAGACAAUGUAGAGUGGAAGGUGGUACAACAGUUGAAGUAGAUGGUAAAGAACCAUUGAAAGCACCGAGCCAAUGGAAGCCUUUAUUAUUAUUAAUACCACUUCGUCUUGGUUUGAAUGAAAUUAAUCCUGUUUACCUCAAUGGACUUAAAACUUCAUUCAAGAUACCACAAUCUCUAGGAGUAAUCGGUGGAAAACCAAAUCUUGCUUUGUAUUUUAUUGGCUGUGUUGGAGAUGAAGUGAUUUAUUUGGAUCCACACACGACACAGCGUUCAGCUAAUAUUGACAAUGAGAGAGAAAUAGAUCUCACAUAUCAUUGCAAAUCUGCUAGUCGUAUUUCUAUUACAGAAAUUGAUCCCUCUGUAGCACUUUGCUUUUUCUGUGCUACAGAAAAGGAUUUUAAAUCUAUGUGUAAAACUAUGCAAGAUGAAUUAUUAGAGCCUGAGAAACAACCAUUAUUUGAAUUAUCUUCAGAGAGAUUAGUUAAUUGGUCACCGGCUGAAGAUGUCGUAUCUGAAGCAAUAGGAGCUACUAAUUUUUUAGAUUUUGAACAUAUAGAACGUCAAUAUGAUACAUCUGAUGAAGACUUUGAAUUACUUGGUUGACACUUAAUAUAUGAAACAACAAGUAAUCGACUUAAAAGAUUUAAUUUUAUUUCUUAUAAAAAAAUUCAUAUAUUGUUUUUCGUGUGGAUUUCAACGUAACAAUUUACUAUUAUUUUACUACUAUAAUCUGAUUUAAAUGAUUUAAAACUAAAUAUGUCUUUCUAUUAUAUGUGAAGAUAUUUAUAAAAAAAUUUAAUCUUUACAAAUUUAAUAAUAUUUCACAUAUAUAAAUAUGUCAUACACAUAUAAAAGAUAUAGAAGUGCAAGUUACACACAGAAUGGAAAUGGAGAUACUAUAACUAUUCAUAUAUUUACAUAAAUCUCUUUAUAGUGCAAAGUUAAAAUGUUGAAUUAUAAUAUCUCUUACAAGAAAAGAAUAUAAAAUACAGAUUCUUCAGAAACAUUAGCAGAACAUUUCUUAUCAGUUUUAUAUUUGAAUAAUA